AUGGCGAGCUUUGCUGCUGGUUCUACCAACACUGAAGAAAAUGCAAAUGGAGAUUUUUAUGAUGUCGAGAAGAUCGAAAAGAUGCGCUACCAUCACGGUCAACUGGAGUUCUUUGUGACCUGGACGGUUGGUGGACAAACCUGGGAACCGAUUCGUUGCUUUCCAUGGGGAGUUGAACACCUCAUGAUUCAAGAAUUCAAGACUAACAACAAGAAAAGAUGGGACCAAGUCAUGAAGCAAAAAGAGAAAGCUGAAGAGAACAUGGGAAUUUGA